AUGACACGCUUUGGGCAUGUGCAAGCAAACACCGUCCUCCCUGAAUUCCACAGGGCUGCACAGGGAAUCAACAGUGAAUUGCUUUCUCAAACAAGGCAAAGACAAAGCCAUGACCCCAUUGGAGAAGACAGUGAUGAUGACAAUAACGAUAGUGACUAUGCACCCUCAAACCAAGAAUCUGAUGAUGACCAACUGCUUGGUGGUGACGAACUUGACACCCAGGAGGUUGAGGACCUCCUUCAUCAGCAUGCUGUGGAGCCCCUAAAGGGUGUGUUUUUCCAGGGAUACAAUGAGUUGCAACAUUGGAUUGCACGGAGGUCAGGAGCAGCUGAAACCAUGCAUGGAGCCAUAACUGCUGCUCUUGCUGGACAAUAUGCCCAACUGACAGAAUGCACAAAGGCUGAAGAGAUGUCCUCCUAUAAUUAUUGGACCAUCAACUUUUCUGGAAUUGCACAGGAGAAACGGACUGGAAGAGCUAUUUUCGAGAAGAUUCUCACCCCCCUUGUGGACACAUGGGUUGAUCCGGAAUUGGUAGACAAACUCAGGCGCAAUUUGGUCAUCUUCAAACCUGAGGUCCUUCAGCGGACAUAUCUUUGGACCACAUACCCUCUCUUCUGGGCCAUAGAUCACAUCUACCAAUCCGAAGUCCGAUGCAAGAAAGAGGGAUGUCCAGCAAACUUGCUGCUGCGAGAGCUGCUUUCAGCACUGGAACGAGCUGGUAGCUUUGGGUUCUGUGGUGCAGGAAGGGUGCUGUCCACAUAUGUGAUGGACCCUCUUUUGCUUUCUGUCGGAAUCAAGGAAACUGGAUUCCCAUGUCUGAGUGACAUGGUGGGGAUCCACCUUGAACGAAUGGAAAAGAUUGAUGUCGAUGCAUCCAGAUGGCCGAAAGAUGCUGCUGGAGUCCCACGCUUUGCAUCAAAGCGUGUUGUUCUGUACAACUACUCUCAGGCCACAUAUGAUUCAUUCUUCUGUGUGUGCAUGGGAGUACGACCUUUCUCUUAA